AUGCUAAGAAAACAAGCACGCGAGCGCAGGGAAUACCUGUAUCGUAAAGCGCAGGAGUUGCAAGAAUCUCAGUUACAGCAGAAACGGCAAGUUAUCAAGCAAGCCUUGGCUCAGGGUAAACCGCUGCCCAAAGACAUUGCAGAAGACGAACAGUUGCAAAAAGAUUACCAGUACGAUCAAACCAUCCAAGAAACGAUAGACGAUGAAUACAGUGCUACCAGUGGGAUAGCAGAUCCCAAAGUGAUUGUGACCACGUCGCGAGACCCAAGUUCAAGACUUUCACAGUUUGCCAAAGAAAUACGGCUCCUGUUCCCUACCUCUGUACGUCUGAACAGAGGUAACUAUAUCAUGCCCAAUCUGGUCGAUGCCUGUAAAAAAUCGGGCACUUCAGAUUUGGUAGUACUUCACGAGCACAGAGGUGUACCUACAACUUUAACAGUCUCACAUUUACCACACGGGCCCACUGCAUUUUUCACGCUGCACAAUGUGGUGCUAAAACACGACAUUUUUAAUGCGGGAAACCAAAGCGAAGUGAAUCCACAUUUGAUCUUCGAUAAUUUCACAACACCUUUGGGCCAAAGAGUCGAAACGAUUCUCAAGCAUUUAUUUCCUCCAGGACCCAAGAAGGACUCUCCGCGUGUCAUUACGUUUGCCAAUCGCGGAGAUUUCAUUAGUGUGAGACAACACGUUUAUGUAAGGACUCGUGAAGGUGUCGAAAUGGCAGAAGUGGGGCCUCGGUUCGAAAUGCGGUUGUUUGAACUCAGACUCGGCACUUUGGAAAACAAAGACGCAGACGUCGAAUGGCAACUCAGAAGAUUUGUUAGAACUGCCAGUCGAAAGGAUUAUCUUUAA